AUGAACCCCAAUGCGAGUUUGAUUACUGCGCUCGUAGAGCGGUGGCGACCCGAGACGUCGACCUUCCAUCUACCGUGUGGUGAGAUCACGAUCACGUUAGAGGACGUUGUUACACUGUACGGUCUGGCGAUCAACGUUGAUGCCGUCGUAGUUGAUAUACCGGAUGAGGAGUGGUCGGCGAUCUGUUUGAGACUGUUAGGACGGGUUCCUGUUGAUCUUGUAGGCGGUGUCGCUGUUGUUAGGAUUGUUUGGCUGAGGGUUGAAUUCAGUCAUCUGCCGGAAGAUGCAUCACAGGAGGUUAUAGAGCAGUUUGCACGAGCUUAUGCUCUAUCUCUGAUUGGAGGUGUACUUUUCCCGGAUUGGUCUGGAUCUACGGUGCACCUACAGUACCUACUUCUGAUUGAGGAUUGGCAGAGGGCUGGACGGUUCGCCUGGGGAGCUGCUGUUUUAUCCUACCUGUACCGUGAGAUGGGUAGGUCGACUUUGCACAUUACGCAUACCGGCACUUCUCUAGCCGGUGACCUUGGUGGAUGGGUCGCCCUACUGCAGUUCUGGGCGUGGGAGCGAUUCCCACAUCUGGCACCUCGAGAUUCAGAGACGAGGGCACAGGCCACCGAGGAUGCAUCCCCACGUGGUCUUCGAUGGCUUUCGGCCAACAGUCGUCAGUAUGGUGACCAGCUAUUCCAGUACAAGCUGUGGUUUGACGCGAUGGACAUCGUGGUGGUUAGUAUAUAA